CAGAGUAAUAUUGAGCGUCGAAGGCUUACGGUCGAGUGCCGAGAGAGACUGUCGAGGCAUAUUCAGGGGAGAUUAGGUAUUCCCAUAAAGCCGUCAGAGGUUCGGCUUCAUCCAAACGCGGCUGAUCCGUACACUUGGAAAAUCCUGCCAGAAAAAGAACACCUCCUCUCAAGUGCAUUUUCAAAAAAUAUAAGCGAGCACUCGAUAGGAGUUUAUAGACUAUUAUGUGAAGGGGUGGGGGUGACUUUUGAAGCUGUACCCUCAAAAGUACCUAAUAGGGACGGCCCGGACUCUCUCGUAUCGGUAAGAAACUAUAGCAUAUCUGGAGCGCCACAAAUUAAUAAGAGAUAUAGCUUCAAUGUCCAGAAAUCAGCUUCUCUUCCAAGAUUGACUAAAUCAACGGAGAAAAUGCUAAGCUCUCUCAGGAAUUACUUGAAACAGGUCUGUCAGCUCCAUAUCUCGCAACGGCAACUCCAGAGUCAAGUCAGGAGCUAUGCGGCUUCUGCAGAUUAUUUCAGGGGCAUCGUUCUACAGUGCUUCCAAGGGUUGGACGAAGUGAUUCUGGUGUUGGAAAAGGUAAAGACAGGAGUAUUUUUAGAAGGACCAGAAAUGCUGAGGCACCACGCCAUCCCCAUACAUUGUUCAAUAACAUGUCAUGAUAUUUCAAUAGCUAUAACACAGCCUUGUAGUUAA